AUGGGCAGAGAAGGUGAUACCCUUCUCCGCUGGCUGGUCAAACUCGACACUGCCGUGAUGGCUCGACGGCUCGUCGACCCAUUGGCGAAAGUCGCCUUCUCCAUGUCUUGUCUUGGCGGACGUGUGAGGGGUUACGGGCGCCGACUCACUGAUCCUACGUGCUUCAGCACGUACGAGUCCUUCAAGGAAGAGCUCAAACUCGCGUUUGAUCCCCCGCAGAACGAGUUCCGGUCAAAGGUGGAGUUUCUCGACCUGAAACAGGGUAAGCAUGACGUGCAUGCUUACGCCCAACGGGCUCGGUACUUGGUCUCAAACGUCGUGACCGACCCGAUGGACGAGGCGACCAAGGUCGUAAUGCAUAAGGAGUUUAACCUGAAACAGGCUAAAUUCCACACGAACGUGCCACGGCCACCUCGACCGGCUGCUAAGACAGAAGGUCCAGAACCAAUGGAUCUUUCGUAUGCAUCUGCUGUUGGACAGCAGAAGAGCAAGGGAAGCAACGUGCGAUGCUUCCGUCGUGAGCUGGAAGCGAAGGACCUGUACGAUGGACGCAUCGAACAGCUAUGCAUUCUUUCGGAACGAGAAAGAAUGACAAGCGAAGCGGAAGAGUUGAGGCAACUCUUCGCAGGAAGCGCCACUGAGAGCGAGGAUACUCUCAGUGCCAAGACCAAGAAGGAGCGCUUCGAGGAACAGAGUUGGGACUCACUAAAGUCGAGUCCCUAUUACGAGAUUCUGCGAGAGCACAGGGAAGUGCUCCCGGGCGAGAUCCUUGCGGAGCUUCCGCAAGACAAAGGGAUACAGCACGAGAUUGAUCUCGUGUCGGGAACGAAGGAUUACGAAUCGAAGUCCCCGCACAGCGCACCAACGUUCUGUGUCAUAAAGCCACAGGGUGGCUGGCACAUCGUUCAUGCGUACAACAAGCUGAACGAUGCAACGAUACCGGCACAGACGCCGAUACCUCGAAAAGAUGUCAUCAUCGAUUCGAUGUCCAAGAGCACCAUCUACAGUGCUCUUGAUCUGAGAGACGGGUUCUAUCAGAUUCUGAUGCGUGAGAACGAUAUCCCUCUCACGGCGGUAAGCACCCCAAGCGGUAUGUUUUGGGAUUGGCUAGUUAUGCCGCAUGGACUGAAGAAUGCCCAUGCGUCCUUCAAUAGAUGCGUCACGCAUCUAUUGCGCUCGGUGCGCGACUUCGCACCGAGCUAUUUCGACGAUGUGUACGUCCACAGCCGGGCUGUGAACGACAAGACGGACAUCGAAAUGCACAAAGAGCAUCUUCGACAACUGCUUGGGCUCAUGCGCAAGCACAAGCUCUAUGCAAACUUGAAGAAGUGCAUCUUCGGUGAUACCCGUGCUAGGGUGUCUCGUUGGGAAGAAUGGCGUACGCCCUGA